CUGGCUGCAUUAAAGCGUCAACUGUCACUCUUCUCCCAGCUGGAUCCAAUGAAGACAGAAAGUGCAGAUUCGAGGAUGCCAGAGCCCCCUCCACAAGACCCUGGUAUUCCCGAAGGCCUCAAAACAAGCCCCCUAAACACAGAGGCUCUCGGGGAGUUUGCCCAAAACAUGUCAGAGCACAUACUUCGAUCAGUUUUUAGCCAAAAGGAAACAGUAGAACCUGAGGAGUCCAUUUAUAACCAAGAGCACGAAAUGCUAGCUGAGGCGCUAGCAUCCGCAGUGAUUGAGAUCGCUCUGAGUGAAGUGUGUAGAGGAAGAAACUUAAAGGACCACAUGGAGGGUGCUGAAAUAGAGAUGGAGAACAACAAGGGUGAACACCAGUGUUUUGAGGAUAAAUCUAGAAGAGACCAAGAACACCAGACUUCUACCCAGCCUUGCCAUCCACCUCUAUCCCAGUCAGGGCUUCCCGCUGUGGGAUCCCUCGACUACCCCGACGCCCCACCGACCACGCCUCUUCUCCCAGAGCUGGAGAGGAGCAGAAGCAGCUUUGCCCGUAAGCUAAAAGGAGGCCUGGCAAAGGUUUUCCUACCCUCGCCUCCUCCACCAACGCCAAAGGACAAGGAGGACAACGGAGACGCUUUGAUCAGCGACCCUCAUGUGGAACUGAUGGAGCAUCUCAUGCAGUCGCUGUCUACAGAUGAUUUGGGGAGAGGCAAUUUCGAAGUAGCACCUCUGCAUGAACCAACUAUAGAGACUUUUGCACAGGCUCUGUCAUGUGAUAUUACUAAGUGGGUUCUGGCUGCCAAAAAAAGAGAACAGAUGUCACAUGACAGUGAUCUCAACCUACUGGCCCAACAGCUGGCUGAAACCAUUAUCACGUCCUCCAUUGAUGAAGCUAAAGUGCUUAUCUAGGAUUUAAAGUGAUUCAUGGAGUCAGGUAUGAUGAAUAGCCUAUAUAUAUGCACACACAAGCUCAGUCCAUGGACUAUAUAUACAUAAAAGGUGGACAUAGCCACCAUAACACAAUCAGUUUAAUUGUCUUUUGUAGCUAUCUUAGUGUUUUUAAGUCAGACACGAAAAGUGAACCACUUAUUGGUUAACAGCUUAUGAGUAACAAGUCAUUAACCAAUUAGCAUUUCCUGGUUUAUCCACCUUUCUGACUCAAAUAAUGAUGACAGAUUUACAAAGGAAUUUCAUACUCUGUACACUAUGAUGUAAAACUAGCAACUGAGCCUCAAAAAGUUACCAGGUAUUCAGUGACAUCAGAGAGUAUGGAAGUACAUCUAUAAUAGCAGAAGGCUUUUUAGAAACCUGAGUAAUCGCCCCCUGUUGGGCAUCAGAAAGAAUGCAGGUAAAAGCAAGAUAGAUAGACUAUCUCUAGCAUAUACUUCUGUCCUACUCCACAUACUCCUUCGCUACACGAUGACAUGACAAAACAUUCUGUUCUGCAGCACAGGGAGAGAAGAUGCCUGCCACUUUGAGUUCUCUAAGCCACUAAAACACUGUGGAUUGUGGACUAUCUUUAGAGUUGGUCUAUAUAUACCCUUUCUGUGCAGCUUUUGACUACAAUCCUCAGCAAGUCCAUAGUCCUACCCAUUACCAAGCCAGUACUUCUCUGUUGGUCACUCUGUAGACUUAGAAGCUAAAUCUAUCAUUUAUAUAUAGUCUGUGGGGUCUGUUACUGUUAUUUCCUCUAAAGUAGGCAAUACACAUUAUCUUACUCCAAGAUUUGGGAAUUUCAUUUGUUACAGGAGUUAAUAUGAUUCAUUUGCAUUUGAUUGUAAUAUUAUAUUAAUGCUAUUUAUUAAUGAUAACAUAUUAUUAUGAGUUCAACUGUGUAUUCGUUUGUGUUUCUUGUUCAGAAAUGAACUUGUCAUUGAGGUUAAGUGGCAUUUCUGCAUCCUGAAAACUGCUGGAUGAUAAGUAACUGUUACAUUUCAUGAUGGAUUAAAGUACACUGGAUCUGACUUUUAUUUCUUUCUUACAAAACAAUACUUGGCUCCAAAAGCAAUAACCACAUUUGUCCUUCGGAUGGCAGCACAGUAAAGAAAUUUCAGCAUUUUUCAGCAUGAGCUCAGCAGUGCUGACCUACUUGGGACAUGACAACAACUGGAAUUAAUUUUGUUUUCCAUUUAGGAAAUCAUUUACUUUUAAAUGGUGGUCACCUGUCAGUAAAAUUGUUUUGUUUUGUUUGAUUUUGCUUCUAUGGUCAGGUCCUGCCAAAAGGGAAAGCCCUGCUAAAUAUAAUGCAGAGUACAACGACUUGCAGACUGCUAUAUCUGUAACAGAAGAUGAAACUGGACAGCAGAUGUUCUGUAGAUGAACUUGUAUCACACUGGAUUAUAAUCAGACAUAACAUUGGCAAAUUGUUUGGUUAGUUUUCUUUGUAAUCACCCUCAAAAUCUUUAUGUAUCCAGCAUGACUCAUUCAGCCCGUACACUGAGCAACGAUACUGGCAUUUUGGACAAAUUUGUGUUCUGGCUCAAAGAAAGCUCGUUUUCAUACUCACUUCGUCCUUGAUGUCAGACCUUGGAAGAACAAAAAGAAAAAAGAAAAAAAAACAGGGCGCCACAGGUCUUAACCAAACACUGAUGCAAUCCUGGAAUCGAAUAAAAACUCUGUUUUCUUUUUAAAUCAGUAACUACUUAAACACAGUUGGAGAUUGACAAAUUUACUGCAAGAAAAUCUUUGCUGAACUUUUAAAGUGCUGUUUUGAAUAAAGAGUCUCAUUGUU